UAGCCUGCCAGCUAGCGAGCUAGCUGCACAACACUGAGCACGUCUGAAUCAAGCUAACUGCUCCACCUUCAGAUAUCCACCAUGGAUUUAAAUACCGUCUUGUCACAGCUUGAAACUGCCAACGAGGAGGAAGUCGGGAAGCUCCUGCAGCAGUUUAAUCGAGAGAACAGUCACACCUUCAGUUUUGACCCAAAGGAAGAAGCUCUGCGGAGUAGGCUGUGUCAGAGUGUGUUGUCAGUCCUCGGGAGGCAGGUGCAGCCCAGCUGUCAGAAGACAUGUCUGGAGACACUUCGCAUCCUGUCCAGAGACAAGCGUGUCCUCGCACCUGUGGCCACCAGGGAGGGUAUGCUGAUCCUGGGAGGAAUGGCGAGGCUGAAUGCUGGAGAGGAAGGUGAUGACAACCAGAAAAACUCUCAGGAAGACACCCAGUCAGAGGAGGAGGAGAGGGUGGUGGUGGAGGCCUUGAAGUGCCUAUGCAAUGUGGUGUACAACAGUCCUGCGGCUCAGCAGGUCAGUGUAGAGGUGCAGCUGGCUCAUGGCCUGUGUGCCAGCCUGCGAACAGCCCGCACGUGGCACCACGAGGUGGGCCUGUUCACGCUGCGCCUUCUCUUCCUGCUGUCUGCACUGAGACCUGACGUGAGGGGCGUUUUGAGGAGAAAAUGGCAUGCUGUGAGCCUGCUGACAGAGGUGCUGGAGCACACCCUGGAUGUGCGCUGGGUGGGUCCCUAUGAAGCUGCCCGUCCAGAUCCGCAGGCCCUGCCCAUGCCUGCAGAGGACAAUGAGCGAGCAAUGGAGGCACUGAAAGCCUUGUUCAACCUCACACUGUCUGACUCUGGUGGUGAGGAGUAUGAUCACCAGUUUCGACUCAUCGCUGCCAUCCUGCGUCAUCUGUUGAUGCUGAAGACUGAGACAGAGGAGAAAACAGAGGAAGCACACAGCCAUGCCGUCAACCUGCUGAAUAACCUGCCUGUGUCCUGCCUGGACGUGUUAAUCGACGUGCCUGUCCAGGGAGGACUGGAGAUGUAUGGCGGAAAGAACAUGGAUGCAGUCCAGAAGUUAAUAGACUUCAUGGAGAAAAGGAUGGACAAGCAGGGCUCCAACUACAAAGAGGGUUUGACUCCGGUGCUCAGCCUUUUGACUGAAGGAUCCAGACACCACAGGGAGAUCCGCAGAUAUAUCAAAGCUCAGGUACUUCCCCCACUGAAAGAUGUGAAGAUCAGGCCAGAGAUCGGCACCACCACCAGAAACAAGUUGGUUCGCCUUAUGACUCAUGUUGACAUGGGUGUGAAGCAGACGGCUGCAGAGUUUCUCUUUGUCCUCUGCAAAGAAAGCGUGGACAACCUGUUGAAGUACACAGGAUAUGGAAACGCAGCAGGUCUCCUGGUAGCUCGAGGACUUCUCGCUGGAGGGAGAGGAGAGACUCAGUACUCCGAAGAUGAGGACUCAGACACAGAGGAAUACAAAUCUGCAAAACCCUUCAUCAACCCCAUCACCGGUCAUGUGGAGGAGCCAAUGCCGAAUCCCAUCGAAGAGAUGACAGAGGAGCAGAAGGAGUACGAAGCCCAGAAACUUGUCAAUAUGAUUGAUAAGUUGUCAAGGCAGAACGUGAUCCGACCAAUGGGGGUCAUGCCGGACGGGACGUUAGCACCUCUUGAAGAAACUCUCCGUGAUCCACCUGGGGACUCAGGAUCAGACUCUGACUAGUGCGCUGUACAUUUUUGCCACAUUUUUCCAGGCGAAGCCCACUUGGCCCAAACACAUCUGGAGCUGUGUCCCAUUUCGAAGUCUGGGUCCUCUAAAGGAACAUGUCCAUUCAGGUGGGCCUGUCGGAGGAGCUAAAAGAUGGCUGAAGCAGUCUGCCGUCACUGAGAAAAAGAAAGUGAUUAGAUCCACACACUGUACUGAUACCUCCAAAUAAAUCAUACUCUGUUAACUUAAACUGGCAGAUACCAAUACAAUGUGUGAAUCUAUAAUCAAGACUACUCCCACAUACACCCAAACUUUUGUUGUUUUUUUAAAACUCGUGUCACGUAAAUAUUGUCCUAAAUUUAAGAUUAAAUAGUGGUAACUGGGGCAAGUUUUGUGAUAUUUCUGAGUAUAAUAUUUCGUACAACAAAUGCAGCACAACUGGCCAAUAGUGUCUCGGGUUGAUGGUAAAAGUGUCCAUACAACAUCUAUUUAACUGUAAGUUUCCGUCAAGUCUAGUAAAAGCAAUGUAUAACACGUCGGCCUCUAAUGCCGUAUUCAGUCUAAAGACACGUUCACACCGGAUGAGGAAGCGCGUAUGUGUAUUGUCACGCGAAAAGUUCAGCUGAUCCCACAAGAAGCACAUUUGUCUACGCCGGUUAGCAAGUGAAUCUGCUCCUCUGCUCGGCUCUAAUCACACGGAGAGCUCCGGCUCUGUCUGCUCGUGUUUGUGUCACACAGCUGACAAAUACUUGGAAUAACAAAGCAUGCAUAUUUUAUAAUCAAUAAGAAUCAGGUAAUUUAUAUUAUAUUUGUAAUAUAUCCUUUAUAUCUUUGUUAAUAGGAUAUGCAUUUAGAAAUAAUGGAUAAGAAAUCAUUGGUGGGUUUUAUUGCCAGAUUCAAUUAGAAAAAAAAAUAGACCAGACACAGAAACUGUUGCUUUAGAUAGUGAGGCAGCAGCACUUCUCGUGUAAACUUGCAUUUCAGUGACCGUUUCUGUACCUGCAGGUGUGCGGAUUAUAGAUGAAAGAAAAAAAUGUAUCCUAUUUGAUGUGCCUCGGACCUUUUUUUCUUUUUGUCCGUAUAUCGAAAGAGGUAUCAUGUAUCGGUUUCUGUGCUAGUAUUGUGGGUUCCCAAAGUUAUGGAAAACCUGGAGAAGCCAUGGAAUUUCAUUAUCAUGUUUUUCCAGGCCUGGAGGAGUCAUGGAACUAGUAACAAUCAUUGAAAGUUUUGAAGUCAUAGAAAAAGUCAUAGAAUUUUAUUGCGUGUGAUUGCGUGCCUGUAAUUUUUACUAAUAGCAAAUUUAUUUUCUGUAGCCGUCGACGUAACGUAGCUCAAAUAUGCGCUGAUAUGUCACAUUUUGUUAAACUCUGUAUGCCCGCUAGCCGAAAUUAUUUGAAUAGAGUUUGAGGGCUGAUAUGUCUGAAAACUGCCGGGCAAGAAAAAGGAAAUGUUUCCAUGGUUCCUCGAAAAGUCAUGGAAAGGUUUUGAAAUUUUAUCCAUGAAAACGUGUGGGAAAUCUGUUAAAAAUCCUGGUACUGCAACUUUUAUUCAGUCUAGAAAUGUGACUUUUGGUGAUCCAGCUCUGAACUGGGACACAGCUCAUCAUGAGGCCCUGACGCAGACGCGCUGCAGAGUGGAAGCGGACUUGACGUGCGAUAGAAAGACUGCAGUGGCACCAUUACGCAUAAGAGGCCUCCAAGGUUACUGUUGCACCUUCCUCGUUUAUUUUGCCGCUCCCUAUGUUGAAAAAAUAGAUGUAAUAAUAUAAUUCUUUGCUGGAUCAUGUGUAUCUCACUGAAAGCACUGUUGUUAUGGUUUGUUGAACAUGUCAUUGGGUCUGAAUAAUCAUUCCUUCACCUGUGCUUUUUGUUUUUCACUUUUUUAAAAUGUUUUUCUGAUUUUUUCUGCUACAUGAUUUUGUAGAUGAUUUAAGUGCACAUUAUACACAUUUAAACGUGAAAUCACUGAAAAUUGUUUGUUGUUGGUUUAAAAUCACGUAGCCUGUCCAGCAUGGACCACAGGUUCGAUGUAUAUUUAGAAAUCGGGCCGUGUCAGUAAGGAUAGAUUUAACUUGCAGCUCACGUUUGGUUGUGUAAUUAUCAUGAAUGUUGCACACCAGUUAGUCGCCAAGGAAACCUUCGAAAUUCAGAGCUUGUUGGUUUACUGUCACUGAAAAGGGGUUCUUGAACUAGAGGAGUUUGAAUGGAGAGAUGCAACAUUUCCCUGUGCUGGAUGAUCUUAAACAAAUUGUUUUUGCCUGUUGUGAACUCUUGACGAAGAAAUGUCUAAACUGCAAUGAUUGUUUUCUAAUCCAUUUUACUUUUGCCAAAUGUGCAUGAUAUUAAAUCAGGUCUCAGUGAUGUGA